AUGGCGGGACAUUUGUUAAUGACGCUUCCGUUCCCCAAGCCGGAACCUCUUCUCAAGGCCCUUGAGGGAGCGUUUCCGAGCUUGAAGAUUACGUACUUGCGUCAUGAAGUUAAGCCGGUGGAAGCAUUUUUCAAGCACGACAUGCAUAUCCCACCAGGUGAUCUCUAUUUCCCACUAAGUACGCUGCCAUCUACAGAAAUCCUGCGUGAAGCCACUGCCCUGAUGACCUUUGGAGUCGUUCCUGAUCCUUCUGAUGCUCCUAACCUCCGCUACAUCCAUUUCGCCGUCGCGGGAACCGAUCACGUUGCUCAUAAGCCGGCAUUCAAGGAUCCCAACAUCACCAUCACAACUUCCACUGGCGGCUCGAGCAUUGCUGCUGCAGAAUGGGUCAUUGGAUCUGUUCUUGGAUUGACGCGCCAGCUGUUUCAGUUUAAAGAGUUGCAGAAUGCGAGGGCCUGGGGUAGCUCGGUGUUGGCGCCGCCGCCAUUUACCCUUGAUGGGAAGAAGAUGGGCAUUAUUGGAUACGGAUCCAUUGGCCGGCAAGUGGCGCGUUUGGCACAGGCUCUAGGGAUGGACAUUGUUGCCUACAACUCUCGUCCACGUCUUACAGCUGAGGAUCGCAAAGACCGGAACUGGUACCAAGCUGGCUCCGGUGAUCCAGAGGGCACGAUUCCGAGCGCUUACUUUCACGGCCAGUCCAAGGAAGCUCUUCACAGCUUUCUCUCUCAAAACCUGGACAUCGUAGUUCUCUCCCUCCCGUUGACAGCUGCCACGAAACACUUCAUUGGAGAGGAAGAGCUUUCAGUUUUAAAUGCCAAAAACCCAGCGAUCUUGGUCAACGUCGCGCGUGGCCCGAUUGUUGACCAAGACGCGUUGAUCUCGUCGCUGAAGAAGGGCGCUGCUGGCGGAGGCCUUUUGGCUGCGGCUCUGGAUGUUACGGAUCCUGAGCCUUUGCCUGUGGAGAGUGAGCUGUGGGGUUUGCCGAAUGUCUUUGUUACGCCCCAUAUCAGCUCUGUUACGCAGCAGACUGUUAUACGGGCGUAUAAGAUUCUGCAGGAUAAUUUGGUUCGGCAACAGAAGGGUGAGGAGAUGUUUAAUGUUAUUAAGAAGGGAAGCGUAUGA